CCCACUUCUCCGUUUAAAACCGCAGACGAAAGAGGGAGGGAGAGGGAAACAGAGAGCGUAAGAGCCCAAGAAGAGGCCUAAAUAAAAGAAAGAGAGCGAGCGAAGAGCCAGUGGUGUUAAAUAGAGAGGGAAAUAAAUAAAAUAACAGACUCCAUUCCCUCACAUUUCCUCUUCUCUUCUGUUUAUCUUAUACAACUCUCUUCUUUCUUUCUAACUUCUGUGUUCUCGAUUUUCAUGUCCAAAUGAGCCGUUUAGGGUUUAAAUCAAAGGUGUUCCACGGCGAGCUUUUAUUAGGAGAACUGGAUGCUAUUCCAGUAACGGACCAGAAUUUCCAGUUCCCAAACAACGAGAUACGUAUCAAUCGGAUAUCACAAAGCGGCGAGCGCUGUCCGCCUCUUUCAAUUCUGCAGACCAUUUCUUCAUUUUCAGUUCGAUGUAAACUCGAAUCAUCUUCUCCAAUCGAGCAACCUCAUUUAAUCAACCUUCACGCCUCUUGCUUCUACGAGUUCAAGACUGCAGUGGUGUCGAUUGGAAAUGAGGAGAUUCAUUUAGUAGCAAUGCCUAGUAAGCAGAAGAAGUUUCCGUGCUUUUGGUGUUUUCCAGUACCUUUAGGUCUUUAUGAUUCGUGUUUAGGAAUGCUUAAUUUGCGCUGUUUGUCUAUAGUGUUUGAUCUCGAUGAGACUUUGAUUGUUGCAAACACUAUGAAGUCUUUUGAAGAUAGAAUUGAGGCUCUUAGGGUUUGGAUUAAUCGCGAGACUGAUCCAAUGAGGAUUUCUGGAAUGUCUGCUGAGUUGAAGAGGUAUAUGGAUGAUAGAAUGUUAUUGAAACAGUAUUUGGAGAGUGAUUUUGUUAUGGACAAUGGAAAAAUGUUUAAAGUUCAAUUGGAGGAGGUUCCACUAUCGUCUGAAACUCAGGAGAGACUUGUUAGACCUGUGAUUAGAUUGCAAGAUAAAAAUAUUGUCCUCACUCGCAUCAAUCCUGAGAUUCGUGAUACCAGUGUGCUUGUGAGGUUGAGGCCUGCCUGGGAGGAAUUACGAAGUUAUUUAACUGCCAAAGGACGCAAAAGAUUUGAAGUUUAUGUUUGUACGAUGGCUGAAAGAGAUUAUGCCUUAGAAAUGUGGAGGCUUCUUGACCCAGGAUCACACUUGAUAGGUUCAAAGCAACUGCUGAACCGUGUUGUCUGUGUUAAAUCAGGCUCUAGGAAAUCUUUGGCAAAUGUCUUCCAUAAUGGCAUGUGCCAUCCUAAAAUGGCAAUGGUAAUUGAUGAUAGAUCAAAGGUUUGGGAGGACAAGGAUCAACCGCGAGUUCAUGUGGUUCCUGCAUUUACACCAUACUAUGCUCCUCAAGCAGAGACAGCAAAUGCGGUUCCAGUCCUCUGUGUCGCAAGAAAUGUCGCGUGCAAUGUCAGAGGUUGUUUUUUCAAAGAAUUUGAUGAGAAUUUACUACGAAGAAUCUCCGAAGUCUUCUAUGAAGAUGAGGUCAAUAACUUACCUCUUGCUCCUGAUGUUAGCAAUUACUUGAUGUCUGAGGAUGCUAGUUUUGUACCCAAUGGAAAUAGUAAUGCUCCUUUUAAUGAAGGAAUGAGUGGUGUUGAAGUCGAACGGAGAUUGAACCAAUCUGAUGAGAAGAGUGUUACUGACUCAGCUAGUCAUUCCAUGACAAAUUGCCCUGAGUUGAGAUCUGAAAUUACCCAGCCACCUAUUGCAAUCAUUCCAAAUGUUGUUGGACCAAUGUCUUCAACUCCACUUCUUCCUUCACAAAAACCUAGUUUGCUUGGGACUCCUGUUAGACGAGAUUUAAGGAAUCAAACUUCAGGUCAACCUCCACUUCUAUCUAGGGUACCUGCGCCAUUACCAUCAUCAUCCAUACAGCCACAAGGAGGCUGGUUGGUGGAGGAGGAUAUCAGCAGAGCACAUAUAAAUAGUCGAUCUUCAGGAUUUGCUCAGGAAAGUGAUAUACUGAAAUCCGAUAAAUUGCGAACGCAUCUAAAUCCAUUUGUUCAUAGUACACCAGUAUCUGCUUCCACAAGUUCUGUUUUCCAUGCAUCUCAAGUGAAGGGUGAAGAGGCGUUGGGUGGACUUGAUAUGCAAAAACAAAAUCUUCCUCCUGGAAGUCAUCCACCGGAGGUUGGUGUCUCCCAGAAUCUUGUUUCGUCCAAUAGCAGAGAGUCCCAAAAUGAAGCUGUAAAGUUCAAUCUUCUAUCUUCCCACUUGUCCAUUGGAGUGCUGCAGGAAAUUGGACGGAGAUGCAACUCAAAGGUUGAGUUCAGGUCUGUUGUAAGCACCAGUAAAGAUUUGCAAUUCUCUGUCGAGGUUCUGUUCACUGGGGAAAAGAUAGGUAUUGGAAUGGGUAAGACCAGGAAGGAUGCACAUCAGCAAGCAGCUGAGAAUGCCCUUCGCUGCUUGGCAGAAAAAUACGUUGCAUAUAUCACACCACAUUCUGGAGCUGUAGACCAUGAUUUCGAUAAGCUAUCCAUUGGGAAUGAGAAUGGAUUCUUAUGGGACAUUGUCAAUUCUGGAUCAAGUGAAACGGUGCCAGAAGAUGGCGUAACUAAAGAACGUACACCUGAGGAUAAUGAAGUUGAACCUGGGAUCACCUUAUCUAAUUUGGUGAAUCAGCAACAGCAGAAGCGUGCCAACUCCCCUAGAUUGCAACAAUCUAUUCCGAAUAAAAGAUCAAAAGAAGAAGUAGUGCGAGGUGGUCCUCAAAGCCUACCAUCUUCACGACAACAGAAGAAUGGCCAUCAUGCUUCAUGAAAGUUAUACAAUUGGAACUGCUAACUCUAACCCACUGACCUGACCAAAUGUUUUUCUUCUUCUUUUUUGGAGAUUCCCAGUUCUGCAAAUUAGAUAUGCAGAUUCUAGCAAAAUCGCAGCCAGCUCUUAUUUUUGCCUGCCUUUGGCAAUUUUGUCUCUUUUCCUGGGAAGAUGAGUAUUUAUAGUUAUUUUUGUUUCUUUAAAUUAUAUACCCCAUCUUUCUGAUUUAUGGAGUUAUUGGGGAAAUCAAAGCUUGCGUGUUUGCAGUUA